AGGGUGAGGAAAGAACACCAGAAACACGGACCUGGGAUUUCCGGUUGGAUAGGUAACUGCGAAACCAGCUUACAUAACCAACAGAAAGCCCAGCAGCACUUAGCUUGUGAAGAAGAAGAGAAUGUGGGACAAGGUCGAAUGCAUUGCUCAGAUGAAAAUAAAUGGCAUCAGCUUGUCUCUGGGAGCCAACUAUAGGGGAGAUAAAAUCAAUUCUGUGCUGCUUAUAUUACUACUGACAACAGUGUGGGAUGCCAGAGGUGAGCCACCUGGACAGAUCACAAGAGGGGCUGUGAUACAUUUUGGAGAAGAUGCUGCAACUCAGUAUGCCAAGGAAAGUUACAAUGGAGUACAAGGAUCGCGUUACUUUGCUACAUCUGGGACCCACCAACUGCCAGGAUUCCAGCAGCCACUGCUGGUUUAUCCUGGAUCAGUUCUUGGAACUGGUCCCAUUAUUAUACCAACACAAGUGGGGAUACAGACUGUGGCUGGUGGUGACCAGGGAAUUCCAUAUUAUGGUUACUUCGUGUCCAGUACUCCAUCACUGCAACCACCUGCAACACUGCCACCACCACCGCCACUGCCGCUGCCGCCUCUGCCACCACCGAUACCUGUAUCACCACCCCCUAUACACACAAAUGUGGAUCUUACAUAUGAUUCACUCUCAUUAUCUUCAUCUCUGAGUGGAGUACCUUACAGUCCUCCUGCAUACACUACACCAGCUCCCCCUUCAGCGCCACAACCAGUACCAACAUCUCCACCACCAAUGCAAGCCACCACAUAUGGACCCCCUAAACCUGUGGUGCUGCGCCCGUACUUCAAAACAAAACACAAAGGAACAUAUAUAUUGGGACCACCACAUCACCAUCUCACUGUGACAAAAGCACCAAUUGGUCAUUACCAUAAUCUUAUCCCAGUCUUAUCAAAACACAUCCAUGCAGGGCCCCCAUCAGCUGUCCUCGUAAAAUCAAAACCACAUCCUUACCCUGUAAUAUACAUAGCACACAAUCCUCAUCUACCUAAAACACCACCAGCUACACUUUAUGACCCACCAGCAAGAAAACCUCAGAGUUCUGCAUCAAAUUCACUGAGUCAUCCUGACAUAACACAAGCAAUUUUCCAUCCGCAACCACACGACAGUUAUGCAGCAGCAGCAGCAGCUCUGAGCAGUUCCCACACAAGUGCAUCCUAUGCCACAAAUCCUCCUGCUACAUACAGCUUUGGGACAGCUUCAGUGUUGCCACAACCAUAUUAUGUCCCACUCAUAUCGUACACAUCAUUGUUGCGGCCACAGCAACGUAGUGAUGAAACAAAGGUACUGCACACCACUGAGAAUGUAGCUCUCAAGAUAACUUCUCAGGACACUGAUGAUGAUCAAGAGCACAACAUGGAGGAGGGGUCAGAGCAAGAGUCAAGUCCUAUGCUCUUGUAUAAAGGUGUUAGACCUCCUGUGAGACUGUAUCAUAAACCACAGUCUUCUAUAAUUCCGCUAUCUGGCAAGCAAAUGGAGUUGCAAAAUGAAGCCACAGAAACAGGAAAUAUCCUCAGCCAAGGUAGGCUCUCUGCCUUAUCUUCCUCUAGCUGGAUGCCAAUUCAUGCUCCAGAAGGAGCUGUACCUGCACGGGCUUACGAGAUUCCAGCACCGGACCUGUCGAGGGGAAACAGCCAUUAUGUGGAUGAAGGCGGUGACAAAAAAUUUCAGAUAACAGACUAUAUUCAGGAUCACAAUGGCAGAGUUUCUGCUGUUCCAGUCAGUCAAGGCAACCAGUUUCUCUCAUGGACUGAUAGUAACAUUCGCAGGAGAGACAUGUAUAAGGGGAACUCUGAGGAAGUCGUAUCUGCAGUUGUGCUUGUCAAGCAGAAGUGACUUAUGUGUGAUAUGGAACUUUGAUGACAGUAACUAUGAAAACUACUGUCUUCUGAGAUGUGAUACCAUGCAGCCUAGUAGAAGUUUGCUGACAUACCUGUGACACCCUGAUGAACUGCUACCACACUAUACAGUUUCAUAUCUUCAAAAGUGAUUUAAAUUUAAAUGUGCAAGUGGGAUUCUUCAGUUGAAGGGCAUAGAACCAGCUUGUAAACUGGCCAACUCAAUAUUCUAUCCUUUUCAUUUCAGAAGUUUGCACUAUUAAAUCCAAUAAGAAUGACUUGAGAACAUAAGUGAGGCUAUCAUCAACUAUACUGAUGAAGUUCUCCAUCUGUUUAGAAACCCCACUUGUUUUGUCUUCCAUUGUAUUGGAUUAUUUUUUGAGCUUACUAAUUUUGCUCCAUUCUAGGAUGUUUUGAGUAUCCUAAAAUAAAGUCAUAUGAUUACAAAAUUUCUCUCACAAGCAAAAUCUAUCUAAGUUAUGUUGUCUGUAAGCUUGUUGACUACACCGACAGUCUGAAUUUCCAUGGUAUAUGUUACGCCGUGGUGACAGGGGGGCGUGUAGGUAUCCCACCGCUGCCACCACAUAUUAUGCUGUAAGGGGGGGUUGAUGAAAAUAAUACUAAAUUACUCUAAACUAGGAUUCUCCUGGCUCUGGACCUUCUUCGUUGCAUACAGCUGCCACCAUAUAUUACAUCUUAAGAGGGGGUUGAUGAAAAUACUAAGUGCCGGUAGCGCGGUAGUCGUGUGUUCUACCGCUGUACCACCGCUUCCGCCAUAUAUUACGCCUCUGCAACAGAGGUGGAUUGGAUAUCUCACCGCUGUCCCCAAUUAUUAUGUUGUGGUGAUGGGGGUGGGUUAAAUACAACUACUAAUUCACUUUGUCAGUCAACCCUGCGUUGAGUUGUCCCACCGCCGUUACCAUAGGUAAUGCGUUGAUAGCAGGGUUGGGUAAAACACAGUUACUCCUUAUCUUUAUACAUAGAGUCUGUACAUAUUUCGUUGCACUGUGUAUUUCACUGGAUGAUGACCAUUUAUAGUCUAAACAUGUGGCAGAUAAUAAUAAAUGUUUUUUUUUAAAUAUAUGUUUGUAUGAUGGUUAAUGUUAUGACUUACAACACUGUCAAAACCUGAUGCUUGGAUAACUGGUUUAAAGUAACUCAAUUGUUCUCCCUGCACUUACCUGUCAC